CAUUAUCCACAGAAGUUCCAAGGGCAGGACCAGAGACUCGAAAGAACACAACUUCUGUUGCGACAAACAAACAAACAAACAAACACACACUUUCAUCGGAUCGAAUUCCCAUCCUGGCAGACGAGAACACCGAUUGUGUUCCCGUGGUUCCGGUCGUCUCUUCCGAUGGUUCGGGUGCGAUACAACGGGCACAACAACCAAUUGCGSACACGUUUCGAUCCAGUCACCAUCGUCGUUUUGCUUGCCAGCAUGGUUCUGGUGUGCAGGUCGGGAUUCYKUGCCCGGAACUCCGCCGUGGUGGCUGCCUUUUCGGGUCGACACCAUCCGGCGGCGGGCGGUAGUUGUGCCAGGGACGGAAACCUCCGUACACCGAGCACAMCGUCCCGGUUGUUUUCUUCCAAGCCACAAAAGAUGUCGUCGUCGUCAAAGUCGUCGUCUUCGUCUUCUUCUUCCAAGCGCAAGACCCCACCACCCCCACCGCCGCUCCUCGGGCCGGAGGAUUUCCCCGAGUGGGCGUACGAGCCCCGCGACUUCUUUCGGUUCGAGAUCCUCCACGAGUCGACCAAGAGCCAGGCCAGGGUGGGCCGCAUCCAUACGCCGCACGGAAUCAUCGAUACCCCCGGCUACGUAGCCGUCGCCACCAAUGCCGCCCUCAAGGGCGUCGAUUUGCGGGACGCCGACAAGGUAGGUCCGGUGCGGGUAGAUGGAAUGUUUGUGUGUGUGUCUGUGUGUUUCUGUGCGGGCAUCAGCUGUUGCGUGUGCCACCAAAAUCUCUUCGAUUCGAACUGACCCACUUUUAUUCGGUACAACCGUCCGCGUGAUCUAUCUCUUUGCUCGUGCAUCGUGUAUGCCAAAAAUKUUCUAUCGCACUUGCUACCUAUCGCCGAUGCAUAUUCUUYUCGAAAACUAUGUCGAUGGAAACGAACGAAACAAAAGGCGGGGCAACAACUCAUCUUCUCCAACACGUACCACCUGAUGCUCCACCCCGGGGCGGACCUGAUCGCCGAGGCCGGUGGCAUCCACAACUUUACGAACCGAAGGGACCGGCCCUUCAUCACGGACUCCGGUGGCUUUCAGGUGUUUAGCCUGGCCUACGGUAGCGUCCAGGAAGAACUCUCGAGCAAGGGCGAGCUGAAACGAGCGAGCAAGUCGAAGAAAAACCACAACGGGAACGGGAUGGGCAAGGACGCCGUCAAGGUGUCCGAGGACGGGGUGGUCUUCCGGAGCUACCGAGACGGUUCCAAGUUUCUGCUGACCCCCGAAUCGACCGUGGAAGCGCAGAAAAAGAUCGGGGCGGACAUCAUCAUCCCCCUCGACGAGCUCCCGCCCUACCACAUCGAUCGGAAGGUCCUGGAGGAAUCGGUGGAUCGGUCUCACCGUUGGGAGGCGCGGUCCCUCCGUGCCCACAUCGAAAACGUUAGGGAGCAGGCCAUGUACUGCGUCGUGCACGGCGGCAUCGACCGCGAGCUGCGGACCAAAUCGGUAGACUUCUUGACCUCCCUGCCCUUUGACGGGUACGCGAUCGGAGGCAGCCUGGGAAACGUCAAGCAGGAACUCAAGGACCUGUUGGACUGGAUGAUGCCCAUGUUCGACGACGACUCGGACGGGAAGAACCGAAAGGGGAAACCCCGGCACCUGCUCGGGAUUGCGGACGAGGAAAACAUACGGCACGCCGUAGCAAGGGGGAUCGACACCCUGGAUUCCUGCUAUCCCACCCGCAUCGCCCGGCACGGGACGGUCCUCACGAAGGACGGCCCGCUGCGGCUCAAGUCCGGGAAGCACUCGAAGGAAUUCGGGACCAAGAUCGACGRGGCGUGCACCUGUCCGACGUGCCRGCACUACGAUCGUGCCUAUCUCUGGCAUCUCUUCAAGGCGAACGAGCCGCUGGCCGUGACCCUAGCCGCGCAGCACAACAUUCAUUACAUGAACGAUAUGAUGAGAACGAUACGCGAAGACAUUAUGGAAAACAGAAUAUGAUGYUCCRUCAUCCACUAAAACAUGUUCGAUCUACUUUUCGACCGCCAACUUCCAACCAAUCUUCUGCGAAGCUACUAGUACUGCGCAAUAGAUGUUUCAUUUAGAC